ACAGAUGCGGCACAUCUACUGUCAGAUUUGGCCAGUUUUAUACUCAGCCUCUUCGCCAUAUGGAUCAGCCGUCGACAGCCCACCAAACGUAUGUCCUUUGGCUACCAUAGGGCUGAGGUGUUGGGCGCCGUCACCAGUAUUUUAAUGAUAUGGAUACUGACCGGUGUUCUCGUCUAUCUGGCCAUCGAGAGGGUCCGCACAAACGACUUUGAGAUCGACUCCAAUACUAUGCUUAUAGUGUCCGGAGUGGGAGUUGUCAUGAAUAUAGUGAUGGGAAUUACUUUGUCGGACGUGUUUUGUUGCCGUAAACGACCACAACAUGCGGACGAUCGCAGCCAACACAGUGGCCUCAGUCACGGCCACUCACACGCAAGCCAUGGCCACUCACACGUCAAUAUGAAUGUUAGAGCGGCACUAAUCCAUGUGAUCGGAGAUCUGAUCCAAAGUGUUGGCGUAUUAAUAGCGGCGCUUAUAAUCCAUUUGAGGCCCGAUUACAAGAUAGCUGAUCCCAUUUGUACCUUCAUUUUCAGCGUAUUAGUGAUGUUUACCACUUAUGGCAUUAUGAGGGACGCCGUGUAUGUCCUGAUGGAGGGCUUCCCCCGGCAUAUGGACUACACGGCCGUUAAGAAGGACCUGAUGGAUAUCGACGGCGUCCACAGUGUCCACAGUUUGCACAUCUGGUCGCUGACAAUGAGUCGACAGACACUGUCAGUGCAUUUGGCG